CAAGAUAAAAUUUUGGUUCCUGAUUCUGGACCAGCAAUGGCGAAACCUCAGGUGGCGGUGGCUCCUGUGGUAAUCUCAAAAUUGUCUGCGAACGCACCUGAGUUUUAUCCCUCAGGAUACAAUCUGAACUUUGCAGAGUCUCCCUUUGAAGAUGGAUGUGAUAGCUAUCUGACUUUGACGGAGUAUGUACAAGAUUUCCUAAAUCACCUCACUGAGCAGCCGGGUUGUUUUGAAACUGAAAUAGAGCACUUUGCUGAAACACUGAAUGGCUGGGUAAUUACAGAUGAAGCUUUGCAAGAACUCGUGGAACUCAUCUAUCAGCAGGCCACAUCUGUCCCAAAUUUUUCCUACAUGGGAGCACGGUUGUGUAAUUAUUUAUCUCACCAUCUAACCAUUAAUCCACAAAGUGGAAACUUCCGACAGUUGUUACUUCAAAGGUGUCGAACAGAGUAUGAAAACAGAGAUCAAGCUGCAAAAGGAGAUGAAAUUACUCGAAAACAGUUUCAUGCUUUUGUGCUUUUCUUAGCUGAACUUUAUCUUAACCUAGAGAUAAAGGGAACAAAGGGACAAGUAACACGAGCAGAAGUUCUUCAAGCUGGCCUUUGGGAAUUACUAAAUGCUCUCUUCUCUAAUCCUGUGGACAGCAACCUGAUAUGUGCUGUGAAACUGCUGAAGUUGACAGGUUCAGUUUUAGAAGAUGCUUGGAAAGAAAAAGGGAAGAAUGAAAUGGAUGAAAUGAUUCAGAGAAUUGAAAAUGUUGUGUUGGAUGCAAAUUGCAGCAGAGAUGUGAAACAGAUGCUUCUGAAACUAGUAGAGCUCCGAUCAAGUAACUGGGGUAGAGUUCAUGCAACUUCUCCAUAUAGAGAAGCUACCCCUGAAAAUGACCCAAACUAUUUUAUGAAUGAGCCAACAUUUUACACUUCCGAUGGUGUUCCUUUUACUGCAGCAGAUCCAGGUAUGUCUUAAGCUUAGUUCACUUGUCUUCUCACUCUUAGGAAAGCUGAAAUU